AUGCCAGAAAAUGUCUCGCUGAAGAAUUAUUCGGCUUUCGCCAGAAUUCCCAAUAUGGGAGGGACUUCUCGACCCGCCUGGGAAGUGAUUGCGCUGUCCAGUGUGCUGAUCUUCACCACCGCGGUGGACAUCCUGGGGAACUUCCUGGUUAUCGUGUCUGUCAUCAGAAAUAAAAAACUGAGAAAUACCGGUAAUGUAUUUGUUGUAAGCUUGGCGUUUGCUGACCUUGUCGUGGCUGUAUAUCCAUAUCCACUAGUACUCUUUGCGAUUUUUCACAAUGGAUGGUUCCUUGGUGACAUUCACUGUAAAGUGAGUGGCUUUUUGAUGGGUCUAAGUGUGAUAGGUUCAAUUUUCAACAUCACAGCAAUUGCAAUGAACAGAUACUGCUACAUCUGUCACAGCCUGGCUUAUGACAAAUUAUUUAGCUGUCGAAACACAAUGAUCUUUGUGCUUCUGAUUUGGGCAUUAACAGUGCUUGCAAUAGUGCCGAAUUUUUUUGUUGGAUCCUUACGGUAUGAUGCCCGUGUCUAUUCCUGUACAUUUACUCAGACAGUUAGUUCCUCUUAUACCAUUUCUGUGGUGGUAGUUCACUUCCUAGUUCCUAUCACAGUUGUUUCAUUUUGUUACCUGCGAAUCUGGAUUUUGGUUAUUCAAGUAAGGAGGCGAGUCAAAACGGAUGUGAGGCCAAGACUGAAGCAGAGUGACUUCAGAAACUUUCUGACUAUGUUUCUAGUAUUUGUGCUUUUUGCAUUUUGCUGGGCACCCCUGAACUUCAUUGGCCUAGCUGUGGCUAUCAAUCCACAGGAGAUUGCACCAAAAAUCCCAGAGUGGCUCUUUGUCCUUAGUUAUUUCAUGGCCUACUUUAACAGUUGCCUUAAUGCAAUUAUAUAUGGGCUGUUGAACCAAAACUUCAGAAAAGAAUAUAAAAGAAUCAUAAUGUCCUUGUGGACACCACGUCGUUUGUUUCAAGAAACAUCAAAAGGUGGAACUGAGGCACAGAGGACAAAACCAUCACCUGCAAUAAACAAUAAUGAUCAAGUUAAAGCAAACUCUCUGUAA